AUGUUACAAGUUGUGGCCGCCGUGGCCUUCCUGGCCGUGUUUCAGCCCGCCGUUGAGGCCGCUCCUCAGGACGUAGCUACUGCCGUUGAGUCUGGCCCCGAUGGAGUUGCUGAAGCUGGAUCGGAUGGAAAGUCGGAAGCUGGUGCUGCCGCUGGUGAAUCAUCUUCGGAGGAGCAGGGUGGCAAGAAGGGACACGGCAAGGGCAAGAGACAUCACGGUGGCAAGGGAGGAAAGGGUGGAGAGAAGGGAGGUGAGAAGGGAGGCAAGGGUAAGGGUCAGGCCAACAAGGAGAAAGGAGCCAAGGGUCAGGCCAACAAGGGUAAGGGACAGGUCAAUGGAAAGAACUGA